ACGUUAAUUAGCUCGCUGCCAAUAUCGCUUCAUAAGCUAUCGUUAACGGAUGGUACACACCAGCCUGCGUCCGGAUUCAGCACACGUUUCCACGGCCUGAGCCAUCGUCUCUUAUCAAUGUCUUCCAGCCACUCGCUUUCGGAAAUGCACCUUCAUGCGUAGUGGAGUUAGAGAAACACUCAGCACGCGUUUCAGGUUCAAAACAAGGGAACCAUGUUUUUGUGUAUUACGUCACCGCCAGGAACCAAAACAUUGUUGGACAACGUCACGGCAUGUUAGUUCACUGCUUUUCAACUGGUUUGUACAAAGACGAAACAUUUAUCAUAACAUAUCAAUCACUGUUGUUAAUGGUGGAAAGCAAAAAAAGCGUUACGUUUAAUCCACUAUUAUCGAACAGUUUAGCCUAUCAUGCUAAUGAAAAUAGAGCGAUACAAUAGCUUGUGUUUAUAAAGAAACAUAUCUGUAGAUAUCUUUCAUUCAUUAUAAUAGUAAUACUUCGUAUUUAUCUAUGCUGGGCGUUACGUGUGUCACGUGGACUGGUGUGACAGUCCGUUCAACCGGUCAAAUUCACAAUAACAUAUUUUGACAAUCGCAACACAUUGAAUGUGGUAAUCGCAUCAGCGUUAACGAAGGGGCUGAUUCGUAAUCUCAUGACAGAGGAAAUGCAGCCCACAGAUGACUCUGGAGCGGAUGUUCGCCUCGGAGCGCGCGGGCUCAUGGGUAAUGUGGUGCAGGCGGCACAACACGCCGAAGACCGGGUGGCGAAAGAAAUAUAGCUUCCGCAGUUCCGUCAGCUAGCGAGUCUAAAUGACUUGUGAGUGUACACUGUUGGCAUGCUGAGCGCUUGUUCGUGUCGUGUUCCACUCGAGUAACAAGGUAACUACGUCAGCGCUGCUCGCCCCGGUCCUUUGAUAACAUGAGCCUGAACGAGCAUUCACUGCAGGCACUGUCCUGGAGGAAGCUGUACCUGAGUCGAGCUAAACUGAAGGCAUCUAGUCGGACAUCGGCUCUGCUUUCCGGAUUUGCUAUGGUGGCCAUGGUGGAAGUGCAGCUGGACAACAGCUAUCCUUACCCGCCUGCUCUCCUGAUUGCCUUCAGUGCCUGCACCACUGUGCUCGUGGCCGUCCACCUGUUCGCUCUGAUGGUCAGCACCUGCAUUUUGCCCAACAUAGAGGCUGUCAGCAAUGUCCACAACCUCAACUGCGUGAAUGAGUCUCCACACGAGCGAAUGCACCGACACAUUGAACUAGCGUGGGCUUUUUCUACAGUUAUUGGUACUUUGCUCUUCCUAGCCGAAGUGGUUCUACUCUGCUGGGUCAAAUUUCUGCCCGUCAAGCCCAAGUCCAGUAAUAGUACAAUUUCAGCUGGUGUGGCUGCUGCUAUUACUUCCACCUCAAUUAUGGUCCCCUUUGGUUUAGUCUUUAUAGUCUUCGCUGUGCAUUUCUACCGCUCCUUGGUCAGCCACAAGACUGACAGACAGUUUCAAGAGCUGGAGGAGCUCUCUAAUCUCACCAGGCUGCAAAACGAGCUGGACAACAGAGGGGACUCUUCCAUCUUGCAGUCUCCAAGCUCACAUUUCCCAUAGUGAAGUGUGGUGGAUAUGCAUCCAUGAUGGAACUCUGACUGCUUGGGUUUUCUCCAAGCCAGAAGCCGUUAUUGGCUUGUCAUUUUUUAUUUUUUUUUUUUUACAACCUCUUUGUUGUGAAAUUUAAUUUUGUGUAAAGAGUUGUAUUUUUUAGAAAACGUGUUUGAUCGACUAAACUCACAAAUCUGCCAUCAAUGCAUGGCUCAAAAUUUGGAAAGUCUUAUUUGCAAUAGUUGCUUGAUUUAUCUAUUUUAUAAUGGCAGAGAUAUCUGAAUAACAACUUGAGAUCCUGUCUGUUGCCUGCUGGAUUUAUUUACCCGUUUGUCAGUGAUCACAGCAUUUGUUAAUAUAACCAAAUUGCCACAAGUAUUUAACUAUUUCGUCCUUGUUCAUAGUGUACAUGAUUUCUUGUACUGUCCACUCAUUGUUUUUGUAAUACUUGCUUUGUGUAGACGGAUUCAACAGCUGCUAAAACUGCAGUAUUAUUUAUAUAGUGUAUUUGUUGACAUCUGUAGCACGGACUGUUGAAAUAAACACCUUUGUACCAAGUGGCAUUCAAAGUUUUAGAAUUUCACAAAUAACUUGGAUGUACUAUUUGAAAUCAUUUGAUCUAUUAUGUUAUCGAUGUAAUUUACUUGUUAUUAUUGACACAUGCUAAAGUAAGUCAUACAUAGAAAAGUGUAAAGAUUCAUAAAGAUACAUAACAGUUUAUCACCCUGAGGCUGGAUUGAUUCAUUUUGAGCACCACUUUCCUCACAUAUCCUGAGUUAGCUUGUUGUUUUCAGCAUGCUCAAUAAUUUAUAAAACUGAUCAAUCUGAGUUAACAGUCUGUAUACAUUAAUGGCUAAUACUUGAUCAGCCCUUACAAGACAAAUUAAUUGGAUAUGUCAUUUGGAUUUUCCACGUAUACUAGUAUUGAAUUUAAUCCUCUGUGUUGGUAGUAUUGAUUAAUAUGUUUAAUUAUAUCACUAUUGUUUUCAACUCAUUGAAUAAAUGGUUUUGGUUUGCCCUACAAACAAGAACAAACUAUUUGGUUGUAAAUAUUUUGACAAAACUGGAGCUGAAUACCAUCAUGCCGUUUAUUUUCUUUUUUUAUUCUUUCCCUGUGAGUGUGUCAUGGAGUGGAAACUUGCUGUUGAUCCUCUCAAGGUAGGCUAUCUUGGCUUCACUUAAAACCAACUGCAUGUCCACCAGUUGUAGCUUGAAAAAAAAAAGAAGAUAUGUUCAUAUUUGAAUCCACCAUAAUGCAUUGUACAGUGCUUUGUCAAAUCAAAGGAUUAUUUGAUUGUGCCACAUAAGUGGUUACAGGCCGCUGCCAAAGUAUCCGCAGUGAAAAUGUACCUGAGGAAUCGGAUACUGUGUCGGUGCCGGUGCUUCAUUCCUCCUAAAAUCAGACAGGGUCCCACACUUUGCCACUCCAUCCAACCAAAGGCCUUCAUAAAUCUGGCCUUUGUCAGAAUAGUAGAACUUUCCAUUACCGUUCUUCUUGCCAUCCCGCCAGGUGCCUUCAAACCAAUUUCCAUUUGCUUGGACACAAGUUGGAAAGUCACAUUUUAAAACCCACCAUCUAGCCUUACUAAACUAUAAUCUAUUUUAGAGUUUUAAAAAAUGUAAAGUGGUCUUACCAAAUAGGAUGGUGCCCUGUCCAUGAUUCUUAUCCUUCAUCCACUCUCCCUCAUAGAUAUCUCC